AUGCACUCGCAUCACAGCUUCAGAAAGCCCGAGGAGGAGCAGGGCCAGCAGGAGCGGGGGGAGGAGGAGGAGGACACAGCGGCGGCGCACCAGGACAAGGAGCUGGCUCUCCGUGGGGAGGUCAGCGAGGAGUACUUAGGGAAGCUUUUGGCCUUCGCAGAUGGCAAUGAGGAAGAAUGGAAAGCCUUUCGCCCCGGCUUAGCAAGCGUCGUCAGCCCCAGCCUGAGCUCGACGCCGACGCUCAGCCGAACGCCGAGCCUGCAGUGGAGCCAGACGCCGGUGGCCUGCGAGAGGGCGCCCUCCAGCACCUCCUCCCAAAAAAGUUUUCCUAAAAUAUUUCAGACAUUUAAGAAAGACACGUCUGAAACAAAUUUAGAUAGGGCUGUCUAUCACAAUCUGUAUCCAAGAAUUCCAACAUCAGUACAAACAGAAGAAAGGUGGCUUCAAGAAUUGUCAGGCACGGAGCAGCCGGAGAAGGAAGUGCCCUCCGUAAAGAAGGAAGAUGAACCUGAAAAUCUAGCUUCUAAAUUAAGAGCAAAAUGGGUAAUUAACCCAGAAGAGCCAAAACUAAACAUUUUAUGUGAGCUGGAGUUCCAGGAAGACUUCGUAACACUUUUUGAGCCCUCUCUGAGAACACUACCCAGCAUCGGGCCACCAUCUACUCUCACAUUCAAACGAGAGAGUUCCAACUUAGAAGUUAAGUUCAAGCGAGAAGAGGAGGAGGUAUCGCCCACGUGUGAAUUCUGUGGGAGCGAUCUAAGAACAUUUCUCUCCAAUGUGGACCGUUCCUGUGACUACAGUAGCUCUGAACUAGUAGAACAUACCUCCUGUUGUAGUUAUUUCCAAAAUCUGAUUGACUACAUCUAUGAGGAAAAACAAAAAAUCCAAAGCCCUAAAGCUGAAUUAAUCUGUAUUGACCCUCAUGCCGCCCACGGCAGUGAAGUCGACAGACUCAAAGCAAAGGAAAAAGCUUUGCGGAGAAAACAGGAGCGACAAAUGGCCAGACACUAUGCAAUAUUAACAAAAGAACAGACUACUUUCUCUGAAGAAGAUGCAAAGCAGUUUAAAACAAUUUCUUAUCAACUUUCCACGGAUAUUCCAGAAGUAAAGUCAGCUAAGGAAGAACUAACUGAUUAUCAACUAGACAAAAGAAAUAUAUCCAUUGUUUGUUGUGAUUCUAGGAUAGCAUGUGGAAAGAUCAUGACAAAUGAGCUCUUUGAAAAGCACUACAAGCAUGGGAGCAAGUUUCUGACUGCAUUUCCAGACGGGACAACACAAAUAUUCUACCCAUCUGGAAACCUAGCCAUCAUCCGAGUGCCCAAUAAGAUAAAUGGCUUCACUUGCAUAGUCCAAGAAGACAUGCCCACUAACCCUGCAAUCCUGGCAGUGCUAGACUCUUCGGGUAGAAGUUCCUGCUAUCAUCCCAAUGGAAACGUCUGGGUAUACAUCAAUAUCUUGGGCGGUCAAUAUUCAGAUCAAGCUGGCAACAGAAUAAGGGCUUGGAAUUGGUCAAGUUCCGUCACUUCCUCACCCUUCGUUUCAUUUAAACCUGUCUUUCUGGCUUUGAACCAUUAUGUUGGAAUCCGCAUCUUAGAACAAGACAAGAUUUCAAUCACUUUUCUAGCAAUGGGCCAACAGGCAAGAAUCAGUGUCGGAACCAAAGUGAAGCUACCAAACCCUAAGGAGAUUCCAGCCCUCCGAUACCUGAACGGGGAUGACCUUCUUCUGCUGGCCAGUUUAAUAAAGAUCCGACGCCUGUUUCAUAAACUGGAAGGAUAUGUGCAUUUCCCCUCCAGCCAGGUUUGGAAAAAAUUAAAGCAACCUUCCUACCUUUCUUCACUUUCUCUAAAACUAAUUGCCCUUUGUCACAAUUCUGGUUUGAAGCCAGAUACAAUUGCAACAGUAGCAGCCUUGAUAAAUGAAAACAUUUAACGACAGUGACGGUGCUUUCCUUUGCUUUCUUGAGUUUUUCCGGGACGGGGUGUGGGAGAUUUCAAGGAAAAUGUAUAAAAUGACUAGGAAAUACCAAGAAAUGUGCUUUAUUACAAAUUCAGAGCACAUCCAGAGUCAUCGCUGGUUUGCAUUCUUGGUGGGAAAACUAACAACUCACUCUAAGGACAGCAGAGAACAAGCAAGUCAGCCAAAGCGCCCCUAUCAGCCAGAGCUCCAGCAGGAAAACCGAAAGCAGGGAGGGAGCACGUGCUUCCACAACCUUCCCCUUCCCAAAGGCUGGGAAAGUGAAGGUCAAGGAACUGCCCCGAGGUCUUUGCGGAAACGAGGGAAUCUCAGGAAGCCAAGAAGUCCACAGCACCAAGGAAGAGAGUGGCAGGAGCUCCUUGGAAGAGCUGCAGUCUCACAUCCCAGCCGGUGCAGGAAAAACAGCUACCCCACCCCCACCCCAAUGUCCACCCUCCUGACAGAGGUGAAGGGUGGCUGCUGCCCCUAUCCCGCCUCCCACACCUCAGGCAGCUGCCUCCCUCUAGGGAAACAUAAUGGUUCUAGCUGGCAAAGGGUUAUGGAACAAUAUGCAUCUCCCCUUCUGAGGGGAGGGAGGAGAGAUGUAGCUGGAUCUGCAAUGAUGGCGCAGCACAGCAUCCUCU